ACUCCCACACUUUUCUUUCUUCCUUUCAUUUCAUAAUUCAAUCAUUCAUUCAUUUUCUUCCUUCUCCCAUAUUUGACUUGAGGCAAAAGAAACCCUAAGCCAAAAAAAGGGAAAGGAGGAAUACCAAUCUCCAUAAUCAUAUAACCAAUUAUAUGGGGAAGCCGGCGGGUAAAAAGAAAGAUCAUGAGAUUCCCGCUCCCACGACGAGGGCGAACGGUCACCACCAGCCGACAAAAUCAUGGGAGGAGAAACGAGGGGCGGCGGCGGCGGCUGCGUCGUCGUCGGCGGCGACGUCGAAGGUGCUGGACGAGGACACGGCGAUGUUCAUAAACAUGUCGCAUGAGCUUCGAGAGGAAGGGAACCGGUUGUUUCAAAGGAAGGACCACGAGGGAGCGAUGUUGAAGUACGAAAAGGCUCUGAAGCUUCUGCCGCGGAACCACAUCGACAUGGCGCACCUCCACACCAGCAUGGCCAUCUGCUACAUGCAGCUGGGACUGGGCGAGUACCCGCGCGCCAUCAGCGAGUGCAACAUGGCGCUGCAGGUGUCGCCGCGCUACACCAAGGCGCUGCUGAAGCGGGCCAAGUGCUACGAGGCGCUGAACCGCUUGGACCUGGCGAUGCGGGACGUGCGCGUGGUUCUGAAUUUGGAGCCCAAUAAUUCGACGGCGCUGGAGGUUUUGGAUAGCUUGAGGGAGACGAUGGAGGAGAAGGGGAUUGUGCUUGAUGAGACGGAGAUAGCCCUCGCGGCGCUUCAGCAGCAUCCGGAGCCGCCGUCUGCGCGGCUGAGGAAGGUGGUGAGGGAGAAGAUCAAGAAGAAUAAGAAGGAAAACAAGGGGGAGGAUGAGGGGAAGGCGAAGAAGAUUAUCGUUGAAGAGAAGGUUAAGGCUGAUAAUGUUAGGAAAAAGGACAAAGAGAAAUCGGGGAAAGUGGAGAAGGGAAAAUUGGGCAAGGAAGAUAAAGGGAAAUUGGCGAAGGAAGACAAAGGGAAACUGGGGAAAGAAGAGAAAGAGAAUUUGGGGAAGGAAGAAAAAGAGAAAUUGGGGAAAGAAGAAAAAGGGGUUGUUACUAGGACUGUGAAGUUGAUAUAUGGAGAGGAUAUUAGAUGGGCGCAAUUGCCUGUGAAUUGUGGAAUUAGGUUGGUGAGGGAUGUGAUAAGGGAUAAGUUUCCGGGGUUGAAGGGUGUUCUUGUGAAGUAUAAGGACAGGGAGGGUGAUUUGGUUACUAUAACUAAUACUUCUGAAUUGAGGCUGGCUGAAACUUGUCAUGUUCUUGGGUCGAUUCGGCUUUAUGUGACCAAGGUUGAGCCGGAAGAGGAGCCAUUUUAUGAUGAUGGGGUUGUGGCGGAUGGUGAAAAGGUGAAGGCGGUUGAGAAUGGGAAUGGAGGUGUGGGGAAGGGGAGGAGUAGUACUGUGGAGGAUUGGCUUGUGCAGUUUGCUAGGUUGUUUAAGAAUCAUGUUGGAUUUGAUUCAGAUGCGUAUUUGGAUAUUCAUGGGAUUGGGAUGAAGUUGUAUUCGGAGGCCAUGGAGGAUGCAGUGACAAGUGAGGCUGCUCAGGAACUGUUUGAGAUUGCUGCAGAUAGGUUUCAGGAGAUGGCGGCUUUAGCUUUGUUCAAUUGGGGGAGUGUGCAUAUGUCAAGGGCUAGGAAGAGGGUGAGUCUUACGGAGGAUGGAUCGAGGGAUUCUUCGUUUGAGUGUAUUCAAGCUGCUUAUGAAUGGGCUCAGAAGGAGUAUAUGAAAGCAGAGAAGAGAUUUGGAGAGGCUGUUAGGAUCAAACCAGAUUUUUAUGAAGGGCUUCUUGCUCUAGGGCAUCAGCAAUUUGAGCAAGCAAGGCUGUGCUGGUGUUAUUUGACUGCAACCGAGAAGGAUUUAGAAGUCAGCCAUUCGGAUGAGGUUGUGGAGCUCUUUAACAAGGCUGAGGACAAUAUGGAGAAAGGCAUGAUGAUGUGGGAGGAGAUGGAGGAGCGGCGAUUGAAUGGACUGUCCAAAACGGAUAAGUUUAAAGAGCAGCUAGAGAAAAUGGGGUUGCAUGGUCUUUUCAGGGAUGUUUCUGCUGAUGAAGCUGAUGAACAGGCUGCAAGGAUGAGGUUGCAAAUAUAUCUUUUAUGGGGCACUUUGUUGUAUGAGCGUUCUGUUGUGGAGUAUAAGCUAGGCCUGCCAACAUGGGAAGAAUGUGUAGAGGUUGCAGUUGAAAAAUUUGAACUGGCUGGAGCUUCAACAACUGAUAUUGGGGUCAUGAUAAAGAAUCAUUGUUCUAAUGAAACGGCAAUGGAAGGGUUCAAAAUUGAUGAGAUAGUGCAAGCUUGGAAUGAGAUGUAUGAUGGUUGGCAGUUUGAUGUUCCAUCAUUUCGACUUGAACCACUGUUCCGUCGGCGGGUUCCAAAACUCCAUUACAUCCUGGAGCAAUUUUGAGUUCUCUUCUUGUGUUUGUUAUUCUUUAUAGAGGCAAUAUUAUUGCUUCUAUUUUCUUUACAAGUUUUUGAAGGGCUUCUUCUUUCCAUUCUAAGACAGGUAUUCUUUCUUCACACUGUUGACUUGUUGAUUGGUGCUACGAUUGUAUUAUUCUUUUGCAUUGCAGUUUUGUACAAGGUUGAGAUGUUUAGGCUAGGAAAAGCCUAGUCAUAUAUGAUUUGUCAUCUUUUAGAGGGGAUGUGUGGUGAGUGUAUCAUUCUUUACUGUUGUGAUAUAUCAAUAUAUGAUUGCAUUUGUUUGUUUUAGUGAGAGAUUUGAUUUGAUUAA